UUUUUUUAACAUUUCUUUAAUCUUCUUACAAGUUUUUUAUAACAAUAUUCGCCAUGAAACCUGUGCUAUUUCUUGAUCACCACACCAGUGUUUAAACCAACCCACAAAAAUGGAGAGAAGGUUUUAGAGAGAGAAACAAGAGAGAGAUAGAGAGAGGAACACAAAGAUUAAGAAAACAAACACCAAACCCAAAACCUCAAACUACACAAACCCAAGAAAAGUUUGCAAUUUGAGGCAACAAAUGUCUAUCCUGUCUUGCUCUAAACCCCAUAACCAGUCCCAUAAUAUUAAUCUUCAUUGGUUCUUCAACUUCUUUUUCACUUCUCUUUCAACCCUUUUCUUCAUUUCGUCUUCCGCCGCCGUCACCGACCAUGAAGCCACCGUGCUUUCCACCUGGGCUCAUAGCUCCGGCGCCGGCGGAGGUGGUUCUUUUCUACAAAGCUGGAAACUUUCCGGUGAAACAACCACUCCAUGCAAAUGGGAUUACAUAAAAUGUGACACACAAGGUUUUGUUACAGAAAUAAACAUUCAAUCAAUCCCAUUACAACUACCAUUACCCACUAAUCUUUCAUCCUUAACCCAUCUCACAACACUCACAAUCUCCGGUGCUAACCUCACCGGAACUCUCUCCGACGACCUUUCCACCUGCCGGAAUCUUGUCACCAUAGAUUUAAGCUCAAACAGUCUCGUGGGUCCCAUCCCAUCUUCCAUUUUCAACCUUCAAAACCUCCAAGACUUGAUACUAAACUCCAACAAACUCACCGGAAAAAUCCCAUAUCAGAUAGGUAACUGUAAGAACCUCAAGAAUCUUUUUUUAUUCGACAACAGAAUCUCCGGCAGCAUCCCACCGGACAUCGGCCGGUUAGGGAAGCUUGAAGUUAUUCGCGCCGGCGGUAACAAUGACCUCACCGGAAAAAUCCCAGAUGAGAUCGGAAACUGUGUUAACCUCACAGUUCUCGGUUUAGCUGACACAAGAAUAUCAGGCUCUUUACCUAACACAAUAGGUAAACUCACAAAACUCAAAACAUUAUCCAUAUACACUGCUAUGAUCUCCGGUGAGUUACCACCGGAGAUUGGCAACUGUAGUGAGCUUGUAGAGUUGUUUCUAUACGAAAACAGUCUUUCUGGCCCCAUAGUUCCAGAGAUUGGAAACCUUAAAAAGCUUGAAAAGUUGUUGUUAUGGCAGAACAGUUUUGUGGGGUCAAUACCUGAAGAGUUAGGAAACUGUAGUAGUUUAAAGAUGUUUGAUGUUUCUUUAAACUCUUUAUCUGGGAUUAUUCCAGUUUCUGUUGGGAAUCUUGUUGGGUUGGUAGAGUUUAUGAUUAGUAAUAAUAAUGUUUCUGGUUCUAUACCAUCUGGUAUUGCAAAUGCUGUUAAUUUGGAACAGUUGCAGCUUGAUACUAAUCAGAUUUCAGGGUUGAUUCCUGUUGAGAUUGGGAGGUUGACGAAUCUCGAAGUGUUUUUCGCUUGGGAUAAUAAUCUUGAAGGAAGUAUUCCCACAAGUUUAGGUGGUUGUAGUAAUCUACAAGCAUUAGAUUUGUCACAUAAUUCACUUACUGGUACUAUUCCUCCAGGGUUGUUUCAGUUACAAAAUCUUACUAAAUUGCUUUUGAUUUCCAAUGAUAUCUCGGGGUCUAUACCGCGAGAGAUUGGGAAUUCGACGUCUUUGGUGAGGUUAAGGUUGGGGAAUAACCGAAUCACGGGUGAAAUCCCUAAGGAGAUUUCGGGUUUGAAAAGCAUUAAUUUUCUUGAUUUGUCGGGGAAUCGUAUUUCUGGGGCGGUUCCUAAUGAGAUUGCUAGUUGUACCGAGUUAGAAAUGAUAGACCUUAGCAAUAACAUGUUAGAAGGGCCGUUGCCCGAUUCGUUAUCGUCGUUAUCGGGUUUACAAGUUUUGGAUGUUUCGAGAAAUCACCUUGAUGGUCCUAUUCCGGCUAGUUUAGGGCGGUUGGUUUCGUUAAACAAACUCGUUAUGAGCCAGAAUGAGUUUUCUGGAGCGAUCCCCAAAUCGCUCCAGCUCUGCUUAGGUCUACAGUUUCUAGACCUAAGCAGUAAUAAAUUAUCAGGCGAAAUCCCGCCUGAGUUGGGGAAUAUCCAAGCGCUCGAGAUUGCGCUAAACUUGAGCUGCAAUGGGCUAACCGGGCCUAUCCCGGUUCAAAUUGGCGCGCUUAGCAAGCUUUCGACUCUUGACAUGUCGUACAACAAGCUAGAGGGAAACUUGAGCCCGCUUUCGCACCUUGACAACCUUGUAUCGUUAAAUAUCUCGUAUAACAACUUUACGGGUUAUUUACCGGACAACAAGCUUUUUAGGCAGUUAUCCGAAGCGGAUUUAGCCGGUAACCAAGGGUUGUGUUCGUUCGGUAAAGAUUCUUGUUUCCUAAGCAAUGUGGCGGAAUCUGGUAACGGGAAAGACGAGUAUAGGUCUAGGAAUGCGAAAAGGUUACGACUCGCGCUUGCAUUGCUCAUUACCUUGACAAUAGCGAUGAUGAUCAUGGGUGUGGCUGCGGUUCUACGUGCAAGAAGAGGGAUUAGAGGGGAUGACGAAUCGGAGUUAGGCGAGUCGUGGCCGUGGCAGUUUACUCCGUUUCAGAAGCUUAAUAUUUCGGUUGAUCGAAUCUUGAAAUGUUUAGUGGACACGAAUGUGAUUGGAAAAGGGUGUUCAGGGGUGGUGUAUCGGGCCGAUAUGGAGAAUGGUGAAACCAUAGCGGUGAAGAAACUGUGGCCAUCGAUGGCGGUUGAUGGUGCUUAUGACGACGAGAAGAGUGCAGUGCGUGAUUCUUUUUCAGCAGAAGUGAAAACUUUGGGCUCAGUUCGACACAAGAACAUUGUUCGGUUUCUAGGUUGUUGUUGGAACAAGAAAACGAGGUUGCUCAUGUACGAUUAUAUGCCAAACGGGAGUCUCGGUAGCCUGCUUCAUGAACGAAUGGGGAGCUCGUUGGAAUGGGAAUUACGGUAUCAAAUCUUGUUAGGGGCCGCUGAAGGACUCGCGUAUUUGCACCACGAUUGUGUUCCUCCAAUAGUUCAUAGAGAUAUCAAGGCUAAUAACAUCCUCAUUGGUCUGGACUUCGAGCCUUACAUAGCAGAUUUCGGGCUUGCAAAGCUCGUCAACGAUGGUGAUUUUGCCCGAUCGUCAAACACAAUCGCGGGUUCCUACGGAUACAUCGCUCCAGAAUACGGGUACUCGAUGAAAAUCACCGAAAAGAGCGACGUUUACAGCUACGGAGUAGUCAUGCUAGAAGUCCUAACCGGAAAACAACCAAUCGAUCCAACGAUUCCAGACGGAUCACACGUCGUCGACUGGGUAAAACAACGAAAAGAAUGGACCGAAGUACUCGACCCAAGCUUACUCUCCAGACCCGCAUCCGACAUCGAAGAAAUGAUGCAAACAUUAGGCAUUGCAUUACUAUGCGUCUACUCGCUGCCCGAAGAACGACCAACAAUGAAAGAUGUUGCAGCAAUGUUAAAAGAAAUCAAACACGAAAGAGAAGAGUAUGCAAAAGUGGAUGCUCUUUUGAAAGGUUCACCCGAAAAACCGGGCUCCGGUAGCAGGCCUGGUGGCGGUGGAGACCCUCCGGCAGCAGCGUCGUCGUCGGCCGCUGCUUGCAACUCGAAUAGCUUCUCUGGUUCUUCGUUGAUUCACUCUUCUUCUUCUAGAGUUGCUUACAAGUGAAUAUGGUUACAAGUUUCGCGGGCUUUUUUUUUUUUUUUUUUAAAAAGUGUGGUUUUUUAUUUAUUUAUUUUGGUGUGGAGUUUAGUUAAGAUUUUUAAUGGGUUUAGUUGUAUUUAAGUGAAGAAAACUUAAGGCCAAUUUUGGCUUUUUUAAUUACUAGUAUAAUAAUUGAUAGUUAUUUGGUA